CCCAGAAAGCUCUUCUGUUUAGCGUUGAAGCUUUGCUGAUGAAAUCCCACUGCUGCCUGUCUGCAUCAUCUUGAUGACUUUGUUUGACCUCGAGCAUGUGGAAUCAAGGCUGCAGUCAGUCCAGUGGUGAAACCUUGAGCCACAAAACUACAUCAUCAAAGAAAGCACAGCUUGAGAUUUUCCCCUGCACCGUUUCUCAGCUGCUGGCUGCUCAACUCUGCAAUGACUGCUUCACUAUCUGUGACUCUGAGCUCAAACAGGUUUCUGUUGUUGGAGUCAUCAGAGGAUUUGCUCCAUUUGUGACCAACGUCCAGUACGCUGUGGAUGACAUGACCGGUCCACCUCUGAAUGUGAAGCUGUGGGUUAACAUGGAGGAUUUUGCACUGACGACUGUAGCUUCUCCAGGAAUGUAUGUGAAGGUGAUUGGAAGCCUGCGCAUCGACAGUGGACAGAGGUCCUUACUGGCAAUGAUUGUCCGACGUAUAAAGGACCUGAAUGAGAUCAGCUCCCACAUGUUGGAGGUGGUACAAGCCCAUAUGCAGAUUUUCAGAAAGGUCUUUGAUGUGAACAUGAACCUCGCUGUGGAGCCGCAACCUGAAUGGAGCAGUGAAAUGCGUCCUCAAGGCGUUUUACCAAAUGGUUUGUCUGCAGUCCAGGGCCAGGUGUUGCAUCAAAUCCAAGUGUUCUCUGUUCAUGAUGAUGGCAUCAGUGUCUGUGACCUGAAACGAAACCUGGACUACAUUAGCAUGCAAGACAUUAGAUCUUCCUUGGCUUUCCUUGCAAGUGAAGGUCACAUCUUUUCCACCAUUAAUGAGCAUCAUUUCAAGGCAGCAUAACUUCAAUUGUCUCUGGGGGAAAAAAAACAACAAAAAAAAAACAUAAAAACUAGUCCUGGACCACUUGUGGGACUAAGCUUUAUUUAUUUAUUUUGUUAAAGUGAAUUACAGUAAUUUUUCUUGUAAAUGACUUCUAGAUUGAAGUUUUUUGUUUUUUUCUUCUUCUUGUAUUAUGUAUGCACCAUUGCCAUCUGAACUCACCUUAUUUUCUUCUUAUUUUGACUAAUCAAUUAUUUAACAUCAAGUCAAAUGGAGAGCAUCUUGUUAGAGCUGUCGGGAUCAACGUAUCCUCCAACUUGUUUGGCCACAAAUGU